AUGCGUAACAAGCCUCAUCUUAAUGUAGGAACUAUUGGCCAUGUUGAUCACGGUAAAACCACUCUGACUUCGGCUAUCACUAAAGUACUGUCCUUAUCGAAAGGUGCAAAGUAUAGGAAAUAUGAGGAAAUCGACAAUGCACCAGAAGAGAAAGCUAGAGGCAUUACAAUAAAUGCUUUUCAUCUUGAGUAUGAGACCGCCAAGCGCCACUAUGCGCACAUUGACUGUCCCGGUCAUGCCGACUACAUCAAGAACAUGAUCACCGGAGCAGCACAAAUGGAAGGGGCCAUUCUUGUUACUCGGGAACACCUUCUACUUGCACGUCAGGUCGGAAUACCCCGUGAAAACAUAGCUAUCUAUUUGAAUAAGAUUGAUGAAAUUCCGGAUCAAGAAACUCGUGAACUAGUUGAGAUGGAGAUACGUGAGCUGUUGAACGAAUUCGGAUACCAAGGCGAUACCUUACCUGUUAUAUUUGGAUCUGCUUUAUGUGCUCUUGAAGGGAAAAAGCCUGAAAUUGGAGAGGAAUCUGUAAAACAAUUGCUAGACGUUCUCGAUGAAAAGUUCAUCAUCCCUGAAAGAAACGUAAACACGGAGGCAAUGUUCGCUGCUGAACAUGUAUAUUCUAUCCAAGGACGAGGAACGGUUAUCACUGGAAAACUGGAAAGGGGUACACUGAAACGUGGUGACAAGGUAGAAAUUGUUGGAUGCGACCGUGAAAACGUGAAAUCCGUCAUUUCGGGUCUCGAAUCAUUCCGUAAGACGAUAGAGCAAGCGGAACCUGGUGAUCAGUUGGGUGUUUUAUUACGUGGUCUUGGUCCAAAAGAUGUUCGACGAGGUUGUGUUCUUCUACCUCAGGGCCAUAAACACAAAGUCACAGAUAAAGUUAAAGCACAGCUGUACGUUCUCAAACCAACAGAGGGUGGAUCGAAGGUUCCUAUCGCAAACUAUUUCACAGAACACAUCUUUUCUCUUACAUGGGACGCCUCAGCCUUGCUUAAGAUUGUUGGCAAAGACUUCAUAAUGCCUGGAGAGGCAUCAGAAGUUGAGGUGAAUUUGAACCAAAAAAUGUUCAUUGAACCGCAGCAAAGAUUCACUGUUCGGAAGGGCACGAAAACUGUUGGAACGGGUGUAUUCACGGAAACUCUUCCUCCGCAGUCAGAAGAAGAAAAGACUACCAAGCACAGAAAGAAGCUGAUGAAAGCUGAAAUGGAACGUUUGGGUUUCAACCCUUACGGCCAAAUAUUUGAGAAGCGAUUGAAACCGGAUUAUUCAAAUUCACCGAAAGAUAACCCAGCUGCCAAAGCUUUCGAGGGUAUUGAACAGCAGGAGGGUUAG